UAUGAUGCAUUGUACACUUUUGUCUCUAAUUUAGUAUAAAAUCGUAUCACGGGUUGCUUUUUUAAGCAAUUACGAUUUCAAUCCGUGACUUUGAAACAUCAUCCAACCUGAUAAAUGAAACCAAGCAUUUAAUGGAAUACGAAUUAAGUAAUCAAUAUUUUAUGAAUUAAUCGGCUGUUAUAGUGCGCCACAAAGUCAAAAUAAGUAUUAAUUUCGACGAAUUGUGUAAAGUACCUAAUCAAAAUUAACUAAUUAUAAAUAAAAUGAAUGAGUUUUGCGGAUCUACCUUUUGGGAUCGAAAUGUUACUUGGGACACAACGGACCCUUAUUUCACGCCCUGUUUCGAAAGCACUGUUCUCACCUGGCUUCCUACAGCGAUCCUCGGUCUAUUCUCCUUCUUUGAUAUAAACUUCUCCCUAACUUCCGGGAAAAGAGAGGGGCUGCCCUGGAACCCGAUAAACAUUGGGAGAUCCUUAUUAAACACAUGUCUCCUUGUAGCUGGAGUGAUUCACUUAAUUUUAUUACAGAAAUAUGAAGAAACUAGCGCCGUUGAAAAUGUGGCUGUAAUUGCGAGAUUAGUUUCUUAUGUUUUAGCACUAUUUCUCUUAAUUGUUGGCAAAUUCAAAGGGAUCCGGGCAUCCGGCACACAGUUCCUAUUUUGGUUGCUAGUAACAAUUACUGAGGGGAUUUUAUUUAGGACGGCAGUAAGGAAAUAUGACGAUACGGUAGAAGAGUCGAUGCAACGUCACAUAUUCCUCAUGCGGUUUGUUAUCUUCCCAUUGUGUGCUGGGCAGCUGAUCUUACAUUGCUUUGCUGACAGAGAUACGACCACUUGUGGAGUGGGGAAAAAGAGUCACAUGCCGUUUGAAAUGCCAUGCCCUGAAAAACAAUCCUCUUUCAUUUUAAAAAUAACUUAUUCUUGGUUCGAUUCGAUCGCCUGGACCGGGUACAAGAGAUCUUUGAACUUCGAAGAUUUGUGGGAUUUGAACAAAGAUGACAGAGCGGAUGAGCAAGUUACAACUUUUAACAUGUAUUGGGAUGCUGCUGUUGAAGCAGCAAAGGCAAAAAGCGCCAAAAGCGGGAAAUCCAUACAAGUCUCAAUUGUCUCGAUCUUGUUCAAAUGUUACUGGAAAACUUUGUGCGUGGCAGGACUCAUGAAACUUUUACAAGAUUUGUUACCCUUCGUCUCACCCGAAUUAAUGAAAUUUCUUGUCGCUCACGUCUCCCCCCAAAGCACGGAAGAAUUCUGGAAAGGUUACCUCUACUCCGGUCUACUAAUCUUGUGCUCAAUCCUCCAAACAAUUUUCGGCGUUCAACACUUGAAACGCAUGAUGCUUCUUGGCAUGCGCACACGUACCGUUCUAUCGUCCGCCAUCUACCGAAAAUCUCUAAUCAUAACUUCCGCCGCGAAAAGAGAUACAACCGCGGGGGAAAUUGUUAACUUAAUGAGUGUCGACACUCAAAGGCUUUUAGACUUGGCGGGCCUCUUCUUCAUGGCUUUGACCGCCCCGAUUCAAAUUGGGUUGUCAAUUUACUUCCUUUACAACACCUUGGGUCCAUCAGUAUUCGCGGGUUUGGCUGUAAUGAUACUACUAAUCCCUUACACAGGAUUUACUCAAUCCCGAGUUCGAAAUUUGCAAAUGAAACAAAUGCUUAUUAAGGAUCAGAGGGUUAAACUAAUAAAUGAAAUCUUAACCGGUAUGAAAGUUUUAAAACUUUACGGUUGGGAACAAUCAUACGCUGAUCAAAUAACAAAGUUGAGGGAUCGAGAGAUGAUGUUGCUGAGGAAGGCGGCGCUUUACGGUACCAGCACAAUGUUCUCCUUCACCUGCGCCCCGUUUCUGGUUUCACUUUCAACUUUCGCGGUGUACGUUCUGACAGAUGAAACGCAUAAUUUGAACGCGGAGAAAACUUUUGUUUCUUUAAGCCUGUUUAAUAUUUUGCGGAUGCCGAUGACUAUGUUGCCAGCGGUGAUUGCGAUAACGAUUCAAGCGAUGGUUAGUGUGGAUCGUAUCAACCGGUUUCUGAAUGCGGAGGAACUUGAGAAGGAUUCAGUGACUAAGGAGAAGAAUGAGGAUGAACCAGUUGUCAUUAAAGAUGCAUCGUUUUCGUGGACCGAUGAAUCUGUCACUUUGGCGGAUAUCAAUUUUAGCGUUAAGAAGGGGUCGUUGACCGCUGUCGUUGGAACUGUGGGCUCGGGAAAAACGUCUUUGCUGUCAGCAAUACUUGGAGAUUUAAAGAAACAUAAAGGAACAGUAAAUAUUGACGGUUCACUUUCAUACGUAGCACAAACGGCUUGGAUUCAAAACGCAAGUUUAAGAGAAAAUGUUCUCUUCAAAGAUGGUUUCCAAGAAGAUAAAUAUAAAAGUGUGAUUGACGCCUGUGCCCUUGGUCCUGAUCUAGAAUUAUUGGAAAAUGCAGACCAAACUGAGAUUGGGGAGAAAGGAAUUAACUUAAGCGGUGGCCAAAAACAACGCGUUUCCUUAGCCCGGGCAGCCUAUAAAGAGAGCGACAUCUAUCUCUGGGAUGAUCCACUUUCUGCAGUGGAUGCUCACGUGGGGAAACACAUAUUCGACAAACUAAUCGGACCGCAAGGGCUCCUUAACGGGAAGACUCGGAUCCUUGUAACUCACGGCGUCUCUUUCCUUCCAAAAGUUGACAACAUCGUGGUCCUAAAAGAUGGGAGGGUGAGUGAAUAUGGAACAUUUCAACAACUUCUAAAAAAUCGGGGAAGUUUUGCAGAAUUUUUGGCUCAGCACUUGGACACCGGGGAAGGCGAAGAAAUGGAUGAAAGUUUGGUGGAAGAAAUCGGAGAAAUCGUUGGCAUUGAGACAUUAGGACGAAACAGUUUUAAGAUCGAAAACCAAAAAAGAAGGUCGACCCAGGAUAGUAUUACAAGUGGAAGUAGAAAGAAGGGAAAUUUAGUAAAAUUGGAGAGUGAAAAGCCGAAAUUGAUUCAGGCUGAAACCACAGCAGAGGGAAAUAUUCAGAGCGGGAUAAUUUUUGAAUAUUUCAAACAAGGCGGGCUCUUAAUCUUCCUGUUUGGGAUUUCGUUCACUAUCAUAUCGAACGCAGCCGCGACGUAUGCUAACAUAUGGUUAUCGCAAUGGUCGAAGCAAGCGACAAUCGAUGAAAUGGAAAGGAAUGGUACAAACGAUAGAGAAACUACGGAUAAGUAUUUGGGUAUAUAUGGCGGGCUUGGGGCAGCGCAAGCUGUAACUGUUCUGUUUGCAGCGGGAACUAUGGCCAUGGCAACUCUGAAUGCGGCUGCAAAGCUGCAUUUUGGGAUGUUGAGAAAGGUUAUAAGAGCACCAAUGUGGUUCUUCGAUACCACACCGUUGGGGAGAUUGUUAAAUAAGUUUAGCAAGGAUGUGGAUACUGUGGAUAUCGUAUUACCCCAGAACUUGAGAAGCGGGAAUAUGAUUUUGUUUAAUACAUUAGGUGCUAUUGUCAGUAUUGCUUAUAGUACGCCGUUGUUUUUAGCGUUUAUUGCGCCGGUUGCUGUCUUCUAUUUUUUUCUUCAGAGAUUUUACGUUGCCACAUCCCGCCAACUUAAACGAAUGGAAUCCGUUUCGAGGUCUCCUAUUUAUUCAAAAUUUGGCGAAACAAUUUCUGGUUCCACGACUAUAAGGGCAUUUGGGCUACAAGACGAGUUUAUACUGGAAAGUGAUAAAAAGAUUGAUGACAACCAACAAGCCUAUUAUCCCUUUAUUGCCUCAAAUUUAUGGAUAGCUACAAGACUUGAAGCGAUCGGCAGCCUAAUCAUAUUUGCUGCCGCAAUGUUCGCCGUAGCUUCUAGAGAAUCCAUCGAUCCAGAGAUUGUUGGCCUCUCAAUAAGCUCCGCCCUUCAGAUCACAGCGCUUCUAAACUUUCUGGUACGAACUGCUUCCGAUCUGGAAACAAAUAUUGUUGCCGUCGAAAGAAUUGCAGAGUUGAAUUCGACGCCGCAGGAGGCACCUUGGGAAACGGGGCUAAAACCUGCGAAAGAAUGGCCAAGUGAGGGAAAAGUUGAAUUUUCAAGGUAUGAAACACGGUAUAGAGAAGGCCUCGACUUAGUUCUUCGGGGGAUAAGUUGUACCUUUAAACCUGGAGAACGAAUUGGGAUUGUUGGGCGAACAGGCGCGGGAAAAUCAUCUCUAACACUGGCGCUCUUUCGCUUGAUCGAACCAACCUCUGGAAAAAUCUUUAUAGACGGUCAAGACAUAGUCGAAAUUGGGUUGCAUGAUCUCCGCAAAAAAAUAACGAUAAUCCCCCAAGAUCCUGUCUUAUUUUCUGGUAUUCUGCGCACAAAUUUGGAUCCGUUCUCGUCUCAUACUGACCAGGAUAUUUGGGACUGUUUGGAAUCUGCGCAUUUGAAAAGUUAUGUCUCUAGUUUGCCACAAGGGUUGGAGUAUGAGGUGGCAGAAGAAGGCCAGAAUUUUAGUAUGGGUCAGAGACAACUGAUUUGUUUGGCCAGGGCACUUUUGAGGAAAACUAAAAUCCUUGUGUUAGACGAAGCAACGGCCGCCGUUGAUUUGGAAACGGAUGACUUAAUACAGAAAACCAUAAGACAGGAAUUUGCAGAAUCCACUGUGAUAACGAUAGCUCACAGAUUAAAUACCAUAAUGGAUUCGACAAGAAUUGUGGUUUUAGAUAAAGGUCAAAUUGUUGAGGUUGACACUCCCGUGAAUUUGAUGAAGGAUAAAACCACAAUCUUCUACAGUAUGGCAAAAGAUGCAGGACUAACUCAAUAAUAAGAAAAUUAACAGAUAAUUGUAAAUAGAUUAUUUUAGUUUUGAUGUGCAAUCUUGUUAACCCUUAGCAGAAAGUUAUAUAACCUUUCUGAACUGCAACAUACAUAUGUAUUAUAAAAUAUUUUGCAAACAAUUUCAAAAUAUAAUCAUUACAAACUCA